AUGGCAGACUUUGCAAAGUCCAUAUUUGGGCUUGUAAACUACCACAAGAAGGAUAGCAGUCAAUCACCAACACCUCCACCUAGCUCAUCAUCAAACACGAACCAAUCAAUUCACCAAUCACAAGAGUUCAAACUGGAACCAGUAUCCAAUAACGACUUUACAACCCACCUUCAUCAUCAUCACCAGCAUCCACAGCAACAGCAGCAACAGCAGCAACAGCAGCAACAACAGGAAUUUAGCCACCCACAACAAUACAACCAACAAUACGAUGAACCUCAAACUAACAAGUUCAUACCAAAAGGAUUGGUAAAUGUUGCACCAACAACCGCAACUGCUGUAUCUACAACGUCAUCAGUUUACGGAACCACCUCAUCAAACAUCAGCAAUGACCCUGGUGCAUACUUGAACCAAACUUUUAAAGCCAAUGACUUACAACCACCACCAUCAUCACAACAACAACAACAACAACAACAACAGCAACAUAAUGCAUCUCGUAACCAAUCUCAACACUAUCCACACGCUGCUGCUGCUGCAUCUUCACAAGCUGGUAGCAGACAAGAAAUUGCAGCACGUGCGACUGACCCAUCACCUAUGAUUAUUACUACUGAUGAAACCGGACAAACAAUCAACACUAGUGGCAACAAUACUCAACCAAAAGGUAAACUUAAAGUUACUAUUAUAGAGGCAAGAGAUAUUCAAGCCACACAACCUUAUGCUGUGUGCACAUUUGAAAGUUCAGAGUUUGUAACCAAUGGACCAGACUCAUUUGGUAAAUCACCAAUGACAUCAGGAGGACAUCACAGCAGCAGCAGCAGCAGCAGCAACAACAACAACAACAACAACAACAACCCUUCUGGUCCAAGAAACAUGUACAAUGCAAACCAUGGAGCAAGAGCAUUACCCGUAAAGAAUAGUCAAAGACCACACUUGUAUCAACGGCAAUUAUCUACUCCACACUUGAACUUGGCAGCAGAGUCUACCAAUCCUAUUUGGAACCAUGAGGCAACAUUUGAUGUAGUGGGAUCGAAAUCCGAACUUGAUAUUUCCGUGUACGAUGCUUCUAGGGAUGAUGCAUUUCUUGGUCAUGUCAGAAUUUUCCCAUCAACGGUAAAGAACAAAACCAGUCCAAGUGAGUGGUUGCAACUUGGCGCAAGAAUAGUAGGAGAAAGAGUAUCGUCAGGCUCAAUUUUGAUCAAAUGGGAGUACACUUCAUACGAUGGGAAAAAAGCUUAUGGCCCCGAUGAUUUUGAAUUUCUUAGAUUAUUGGGUAAGGGUACGUUUGGACAAGUUUUCCAAGUGAAAAAGAAGGAUACCUCACGUAUUUAUGCCAUGAAGAUUUUGUCGAAAAAGGUGAUUGUGAAAAAGAAGGAGAUUGCCCACACUAUAGGUGAAAGAAAUAUCUUGGUUCGUACAUCUGCUGCUGCAUCGCCAUUCAUUGUGGGCUUGAAAUUUUCUUUCCAAACACCAGCAGAUUUGUUUCUAGUCACUGAUUACAUGUCUGGUGGAGAACUAUUUUGGCAUUUGCAAAAAGAUGGUCGGUUUUCCGAAGAACGGGCCAAGUUUUACAUUGCUGAGUUGGUGUUGGCUUUAGAGCAUUUACAUGAUAACGAUAUUGUUUAUCGUGACUUGAAACCAGAAAACAUUUUGCUUGAUGCAAACGGACACAUUGCAUUGUGUGAUUUUGGACUUUCAAAAGCCAAUUUAAACAACGAUGGGACAACAAAUACAUUUUGUGGAACCACUGAAUAUCUUGCACCGGAAAUUUUGUUGGAUGAAUCAGGAUACACCAAAAUGGUUGAUUUUUGGUCACUUGGAGUAUUGAUUUUUGAAAUGUGUUGUGGAUGGUCACCAUUUUAUGCCGACAAUACUCAACAAAUGUACAAGAAUAUUGCAUUUGGUAAAGUUCGUUUUCCCAAGGAGAUUUUGAGUCCGGAAGGAAGAUCUUUUGUCAAGGGUCUUUUGAACAGAAAUCCAAGACAUAGACUUGGUGCUACGGAUGAUGCAAGGGAAUUGAAAGCUCAUGCAUUUUUUGCUGAUAUCGAUUGGGCAUUGUUAAAGACCAAAAGUAUACCACCACCUUUUAAACCACACCUUGCUUCGGAAACUGAUACAUCCAAUUUCGAUCCCGAAUUCACUUCAGAAUCGACUUCGGCAUUGAAGAAACAAAUGGAGAUGGCAUCUACGCCAUUAUCACCUGGCGUGCAAGCCAAUUUCAAAGGGUUUACUUAUGUUGAUGAUUCGGCCAUGGAUGAUCAUUUUGGUAGAUCAUAUCGUAUGAAUACUUUCAAGAACCCUGGAUCAUUUAUUCCUGGUGAUCCAAAUUUACCACCUGCAGAAGAUGCUGUGGAUGAUGAUGAGAUUAAUGAAGAGGAUGAGAUGGAAGUUGAUGAGGACGAUGACCAUCAAAUGGAUGACGAGUUUGUCAAUGGCAGAUUUGACUUAUAG